CAUCCUGUCCAAAGGCUCCCUGUCGAUCGAGUGCAUGGUACCGUAGGAUGAUCGGUUCUCGCCGCUGUCGGCGAGCCUUUGCAUCCCUCAGAGCAACGCGCGCAAGCAUAGCGUCACCGACACAUCGAGGUCUAAAAUGCGGCGCAAUUAGGUGGCCCAAGUCCGUUUCUCUCGUGGAAGUCGGCCCCAGAGACGGACUGCAGAAUGAGUCCUCCACCGUGCCAACUGAGGUCAAGGUGGAAUUGAUUGAUCGUUUGGCAUCGGCCGGGUGUAAAGCUAUCGAAGCUGCAUCCUUCGUCAGCCCCAAGUGGGUUCCGCAGAUGGCUGACGGCGGCCGAGUCCUGGCCAAUCUUGGAAGAGCCCCGGGCGUCAAAUAUGCGGCCCUGACGCCGAACCUACGAGGGCUUGAGGCAGCGCUCGAGGCUGGUGCUGAUGAGGUUGCGGUUUUUGCUGCGGCGUCAGAGGCAUUCAGUGCUGCCAACAUCAACUGCUCAAUUGUUGAGAGCUUAGAACGCUUCAAGCCAGUCAUGGACAAGGCCAAGGUAGCGGGGUUGCCAGUACGGGGCUACGUGUCGUGCGUACUCGGGUGCCCAUACGAGGGGCGCGUGGCUCCAGGAGCGGUUGCGGAGGUGGCGACUUCCCUGUUGGACAUGGGAUGUUACUCUGUGUCACUGGGAGACACCAUCGGCGCGGGCACAGCUGGUAGUACCCUUGUCCUCUUGGAAAACUUGAGAGAAGCGGGAGUGCCGCUGGAGAAGAUGGCAGUGCAUUUCCACGACACAUACGGGCAGGCCUUGGCUAACAUCCUCGUUGCGCUGGAGGAGGGUAUUACUGUGUUGGACACUUCGGUUUCUGGCCUAGGGGGUUGCCCAUACGCUCCCGGGGCAAGCGGCAACGUCGCAACAGAAGACGUGGUGUACAUGUUGGAUGGGAUGGGAAUCAACACGGGCAUAGACCUAGAUAUGUUGUUAGACACUUCUCUGUACAUUUCAGAUAAGCUGGGUAGGCCGCCCCAGUCCAGGGUAGCGAGAGCGAUGUUGGCCAAGCGAGGUUGACUGUUGGCAGCUAGUGACACCAUAUGUGUUUGUCCGUGAUUUGUACAUAGCACACAUUCGAAGGAGCGACUACGUUGGUACCUAUUUUGUGUUCGGCUGCCCUUUUGGCAUCUCUAUCGACGUGAACCUAUUCAUUGGCACCCCGGAAUCGUUUAUGUAUUGUCAAGGAAGCAGACACGCGCCUUCUUCAUGUUUCCUCCCUUGACGAGGGUUUUUGGGGACUAAUUCGCUGCGUGUCAAGUUUGGAACAAUCGAGUUUUGAGUCGAGCGCGCAUGGUGUGUUCUACAUGACAACAAACGAGACGUGCGCGUUGUGAUGUCGCUGCAUGUGGUUGUUACCGAGGGGUAUGACAGGAUUCGGUUUCUAGGAGCUACCACUGAUGAUGGCGCUGAUGUUCGACAGAUUUUUUGACGCAGCAGCGAAUCCGUGUCAGUGACACCAUAGGGACGGAAGCAUCGGAU